CUACAGAUUAAAGCUACCGGAAGACUGCAAGGUUCAUUCAGUUUUUCACUUGUCACUGCUGAAGAAGGCUGUCCCUACCUCUACCCCAACACAACCGUUGCCAAAAUGCCUAACAGAGGAGUGGGAGCUGCAAGUCAAGCCAGAGUCUAUCAAAGGGAGCAGGGUUAACUCAACUGGUGAAGCUGAAGUGCUGGUUCAUUGGGAGAAUCUGCCUGAUUUUGAAGACACUUGGGAAGAUGCCCAGCAGAUGCAGCACCAAUUCCCUGAUCUCCACCUUGAGGGCAAGGUGGUCAAUUCAGGGGGGAGUGAUGAUAGGGAUGCGGGAAGACAGCCUGGUGUUAAUAAUAAUGUUAACUAUUAUGGUCAGGUGUAUUCCAGAAAGAGAAAACAGAAUAUUAAAUAACUAAGUGUGGAAGUCGAGGGGGUGGAGGGGGAGUUAUUAUAAAUAGCCAAUUAUUGUAAUAAAAAGUCAGGCUGGUUUUUGGCUUUGGCUUGGG